AUGCGAGUCGUUUACGACACUUCACCCACUUGCCCUGUUGGCGCUCCCUCACGCGACGGUGCUUCAAACCGCAACUUGAAGCCAGCCCCCAAAGUUGCUCCUCCUCCAACCUCAUCUCGCGCAAACCGCCGCCAGGGCAUCAUCUUCAACGUUCAAGCCCUUCCGCAAGAACUCAAGGCCCUACAAGGCCAAUCCGACUCAAAGAACCCUGCUGGACCGGCUUGA